CGACAACCUCGCCGCUCGUCUCCCCACAGCUUGUCUCGCCAUGUCAACCAAGAGCGCCGAGUCGCGAUCCAAUUCGCCAGAGGGCGGACCCGAGAAGCGAGUGAGUAAGAAGCGAAAGGUUUUGUCGUGUUAUGCAUGUCGCAACCGCAAAAUGAAGUGCGACCGCGUCUACCCAGUCUGUGGGAGAUGUCAAAGGACGGGACGGGCAGAUCAAUGCACCUAUGAUCCCCGACUGCUGGACGAGCUGCCUGUAAGUGGCGACGGGCACGUGGAUGGUGCAAAUUUCAUGCACGCCGAUAGCUCUACAAACGGCAUCACCUCGUCAACAGCCAUCCCACCGGACGCCCUAUCUUGGAGAGUAAGGGUGCAAGAACGCCGGCUCGAGAUCCUGGAGAAGAAAUUGACCAAAUUUGACGAUACCAGGCCUGCCUCGGUCACCACUCCAGCUUCCCAUCUGGACGGUUUCGAUGGAGAAGAACUAUCGAUUAGAGAAACCAUGAUGUUCCGAGGCAAAAGCUUCAAGACUCAAUUCUAUGGGGCCACAAGCCCCAUGAGCUUGAUCAACCAGUUCAACCAGCUCCAGUGGUUCACCCGACAGGCGAUGUCAUUGGAUAGCUCAAUGCAUCGGAUUCGGGGCGAUUUCAAGGGAUUUAGAAAUCGACGGAAAGCCUUACUAAAGGAGAGGGGUCCUCUGACUCAAGGUACUGACGCCGAAAUUCUUGCUCUAGUGCCGGAGAAGUCUGUCCUUGAUGCUCAAGUGUCCUUGUACUUCCAGACGUUCGAGACGUCGCAUCGCAUCUUGCAUGAACCGUCGUUCUGGGACGAGUACCGAGAGUUCUGGGUGCAAGGAAAUGGAAAAGACGUCCCAGUCAACUUCGCCACCUGUUUAGUCUUAAUCACGGCGAUCACCAAGUGCCUCGCCUCGGACCGAGAGACGGUCUUCAUUGGCGACAGCUCCACAGAACGGGAGUCUGCAUCUACUUUGGUCGAUGUUUGUGACAGGUGGCUGGCACGGCAGUCCCGUAAGCACCUGACACUUGGAUUCGUUCAGCUUCAAUGCCUAUCACUGCUGGCGAAGCGGGUGAACUGCGUGAAGAUGAAGCAAGACUGGGUGCACUCAGGAGAUGUGAUUCGUCUUGCUAUCUCAUCCGGUAUGCAUCGGAAUCCAGCUCUGCUCGCGGGAGGGAGGGUGUCAGAAUUCGAAAAGGAGAUGAGGCGACGGCUAUGGGCGACGAUGAUGGAGCUCGAGCUUCAGUCGUCGAUCGAUUGCGGGCUUCAAUCGUCCCUGUGCGGACUGUACUUUGAUACCCAGCCACCAGCGAAUAUCUCCGACGAGGCUUUGUCGGCCGACUUGCAACAAGCAUUGACGAGCAGUCCAACUACUCACUUUACUUCAACAUCGUAUCUGAAUGUUAGCAUGCGAUCAAUUCCUCUUCGGAUCCAUCUGACACAGCUGCUCAACAAUCCUACCACCAGCCUUCACUACUCAGACGUCCUCCAUUACGACGCCCAAAUCACCUCACUCCUAGCAUCUCUCCCAUCUUGGAGCAACUCCCGUGCUACGGUUCCCUCAGCGCUACUGGACCUCCAGCUCCGACAGUUCCUCGUUAUUCUACACCAGCCCUACGCUCUGCUUGCGUCUUCAAACCCGCGCUUCAGCUACUCAUUCACUGCAUGUAUAAAUGCGGCUAGUGCAGUCCUCUCGCUAUAUGAUGGGAUGAUCGAAAAGGGCAUCUUCGUGCUCAAUCAUGCCCGAAAUGACGUCUUCCGAACAGCCAUUACACUCUCGCAAGUCGUCUACCAUAAUUGCUCUCUAUCGUCCCCUCCGCCUCGGAGUACAAGCGCAAAUACGCCCGCGAGUAGCACAGCAGCGCCAUCGCUGUCGCAGCCGACGGAGCCGACCAGCUCCUCCAAAGUGUCCUCAAACGGUCCGCAUCCGCUAGUGGAGAUUCCUCGAUUCCCACAAGACAACUUCAUGAUGGCGACACUAUGCCGGGCCUCGAUAGAACUGCUGGGACGUGCAGUGUCCAUAUUUGAGAACAAGGUCAUGAGACUCGGGACAGGAUAUAUGGAAAACUGGCUCCUGUGCGCCGCGACCGCGAUCAUGCCGUCCCCAACCUCAGCCUCCACACACCCGACAUCAAUGACGCAAAGCAGUUACACAGAAGAAAUCAAUUCCCGUGGCAAGAAAGCAAUCGACCGCAUCACACGCUUGUGCUUCCGCGUUCUUGCCAUGCAAAAGGAUCCCAGCAACGACUUCGCGUCGUCUCUUCGAUCCACCAUGGCGACGGCCUCGCCGCCUGAAGCCCGAACGUCUCUGCCAGUCGGCGUGCCCACACCUGGGACUCUUGGGUCGGGCUCAGAUGCGUCGAUGCAGGGGAUGCCGGGGAUGAAUGGGAUACCUGGGAUUGCGGGGAUUGCGAUGGCGUUGGGGUCGGGGGCUGGGACAGACUAUCAGGCGCCGUUUGAAGGGUUGCAGGAUAUGCAGGUUGAUAUGGGGGGGUGGACGUUUCCGGAUAUCUGGGCGUUUGAUAUGGGUGGGGAUUUUUGAUGGAUGAUGGAGGAGAUGAGCUGCCAGAGUGUGAGACUAUCGACACGGUAAUGAGAGGUUUGAUGAACUUGGCGAGCACCUGCCCUGCGAGGCUCGUUGAAGUUCUUUUUAGGUUCGUUAAAUUCGAGUCUAUUAUAGUC